GCGUGAUCUCUCGUUGUGAUUCAUAUCGCAGAUAGCCUUAUCGACCAGACUCAGGUGGCAAGUGGGCGAAUUUGCAGUGCUUAUCUUCAGUUGCUAGUCUUCCGCUGCUGGGUCGACUAAGCAUUUCCGCGGAGGUACAGCCACUAUCAAUUGAGGCUCUAUAAAACGGAUCGGCUGCCCUGAGUCACUACCCCUGAGAGUGUCCUCGAAGUCGCGACAUUCAGUCCGUGUAAGGGCUGCUCGAUCAUCGACCUGAGAGAAAAGAAGACUGAAGUCACGCCACCCACUAUAGCCUACUGUGUGCACAGUGGCAACUCAUCACCAUGCGAGAUGCAUCGGAUACCAGCUUCCCUGCACCAUUCUUGACGGCCGUCAACGUCGAGUCGCAGGUGCAUUUAAUCAUUGGCGCCAAUCCUCUGGCUGCGGCUCGCUGCGCGAAGAGUCUGGAGGCUGGCGCGAAACCGAUUUUGAUCACUCCUGAACCCAAGGAAGGUUUACAAUAUACGCUUGUUGAGCGGAUCGAGAAUGGCGCAGUGCAGUGGAUCCGCAGAGCAUUCGAAGACGACGAUUUGACAAGUCUGGGGAGAGAAGAAGUCGACCGAGUGGUUGACACCGUUUUUGUAACCCUCGGGGGAAGCAAUCCGCGCAGUGCACACAUCUCCAAGCUCUGUCGCCGGCUCCGGAUCCCAGUCAACGUGUCCGAUGCCCCCGAGCUCUGCACAUUCACGCUCCUAUCCACAUACUCUGACGGGCCCCUGCAUAUCGGCAUCACCACGUCCGGGCGCGGAUGCAAAAUGGCGUCUCGGCUGCGUCGGGAGAUCUCGUCUACGCUCCCAUCAAAUCUCGGCAGCGCUAUCGACAGACUGGGAGCCGUGCGCAAGCGGCUGUGGGCCGAAGACUACGCAGCCGGGCUGUGUGAAACGGCACUGGAAGGCGACGAGGACGAUUCGACUGGGCAGCGCCACACCUUUAAUACUCUUGUGACCGAAGACGAUAUCUCGGCCGCCAAAACCCGGCGCACGCGCUGGCUCUCCCAAAUCUGCGAAUACUGGCCGCUGCGCAAGCUCGCCGCCAUCACGGACGCGGACAUCGAAACCAUCCUCGAGGCCUACUCCUCCGGCAAAGACCAACCCACCAACAGCAACCAGAACGAGUCCACGGAACUCUCCAAGCGCGGAGGCAAGAUCAUCCUGGCUGGCUCCGGCCCCGGCCACCCCGACCUCCUCACGCGAGCGACCUACCACGCCAUCCAAUCCGCCGACCUCAUCCUCGCCGACAAGCUCGUCCCCGCCCCAGUCCUGGAGCUGAUUCCGCGGCGCACGGAAGUGCACAUCGCGCGCAAGUUCCCCGGCAACGCAGACCACGCGCAGGAGGAGUUCCUGCAGAUGGGCCUGGAGGCGCUCCGCCGCGGCCGGCACGUCCUCCGGCUCAAGCAAGGCGACCCCUACCUGUACGGCCGGGGCGGCGAGGAGUUCGACUUCUUCCGCGGCCACGGCUACCGCCCGAUCGUGCUGCCGGGCAUCACCAGCGCUCUGAGCGCGCCGCUCUUCGCCGAGAUUCCGGCCACCCACCGCGGCGUGUCGGACCAGGUGCUGGUCUGCACGGGCACGGGCCGUAAGGGCGCCGCGCCGUCGCCUCCCACGUAUGUGCCCACCCAGACGGUGGUGUUUCUCAUGGCACUGCAUCGCUUGUCGGCGUUGGUCGAGUCGCUGACUACCGUCGUGGAUGGUGAGGCGUCGUCAUCGCGGACUCCCUGGCCUAAAGACACGCCCUGUGCCAUCAUCGAGCGCGCCUCGUGCACCGAUCAGCGCGUCAUCCGGUCGACGUUGGAGCACGUCAGCGCUGCGUUCGAGGCCGAGGGCUCCCGCCCGCCCGGUCUGCUGGUCGUGGGCGCCAGUUGCUAUAUCUUGCAUCCUGCACAGGGGCAGAAGUGGGUGGUUGAGGAGGGAUUCCGGAGUUUGGAUGAGUUGUGUCUGGAGACGGUUGGUGGUGGUGAGGACCGGUGAUUUUGAUGCGCUGCAGCUGGAGUUUACGUACGUUCGCAUGUUGCAUAGAUACCCAAAGAUGAUGUAUAUGAAUGAACCCGGAUUGGGAUGAUAGAUUUGAUUUUCAGUAUACUGUACAGUACGUAG